CUUUUUCAUUAGUAUUUCGAUUGAUACCUGGUGAGAUCAGUAAAUUUUUGUCCACAGUCCACACAUUGAAACAUAAAACAAAGAGAGUAACAGUGAAGUUAGCAACUACUAGAAAUGCUGAUCAUGCUAUUAACAAUAUCCGUACAAUUGUUGUAUGUUCAUUCAAAUCCCUGUCGGUGGUUAGACGAAGGUGUUGGUUGCGUUAUUAAGUGUUUUCAAGACAGUGGCGGAUCCUCAACUAAUAUACCCGGAUACGUUCAAACUGUUUAUGACGAAUUUCCGAAUUGCCAUUCGACUGGAGUAAAAUUAAUUUUACCGAGAGAUGUCACCAGUUACACUGUAAAGGCAAAUUGGUUGUCUACUCUUAAUAUUAAUCUUACUGACUUAGAAAUUGAUGCUGAAUAUAUUUCCGUUUUCGAGUCGAAUGUUUUCACAUCGGCCGUUUUCGCCACGGUAAAAAAGUUGACCUUCACGAAUUUUCGACUGAUUACAUCAGAAGACUAUGAUAUAAAAAAAACCAUUUUCAUCGGAUUCCAUGCGUUGGAAGAUCUGAUGAUAACCAAUUCAAUAGUAAAGAUAUGGAACGGAGGCUGGUUGGAUAAUGUUAACGGUACUAUCAAAUCACUCCUAAUUACUGGUGUGGGACAGGAGUCACCAAUGGAGAUUGAAAACUUAACCGGCGGCACGUUGUCACGGACUCUGUCGAACGUUGAAUACGUAAAAAUCCAGUAUAAUCUAACAAAUUCCGUUAACCACUUAAGCUUCACAAGUAUUCCGAAUGUUAGAGAAUUGGAUCUGUCCGACUGUAGUAUAACCGUCAUCAAAGAGUUUACAUUCGAAAAAAUCGGUUCGAAAUUGCAAUUGUUGAAUCUUGAACGAAAUAAUUUAAAAACUUUGCCUUCUGGCAUAUUUAGCAGUUUAUACUUAAGUUCCAGUACAGUCUAUCCCUCACUAGAUAUAAAUUCAGACGAGUUACAAAUCCUAAUGAGUGGUAACCCCUGGAACUGUACCUGUUCACUAGAACAUUUUAAAGAUCUUUUGAAUGCGAACACAAAUUUUGUCGGAGGAGUUGUAUGCUCAACUCCCGAUGAAAUAGAAAAUUAUCCAAUGAAAGAAACUGAAUUUUGUCCUUUCCCGGUCACGACAACGACCACGACCACGACCACCACAACAACAGAAAGUACGACGGUUCCUGUUGAUAACGGUAAUAUCAAUGAGAUGGAAUGUUCUACACUCAGUGAUGCUGAAAGUAAAACUAAGAUUUCCAUUCAACCACGAAUGCAGCAAAUUCGACUGACUAGAACUUUGGGCGGAGUUUCGAUAAAACUACAAAAAUAUUCAACGGACUUGAUCCUUAUUUGGUCAGCUGACGACGGCUUGGAGUACUAUGAAAAUUCAAGUAUAUCCGACUGCGUCGCUAAUUUGUCCAACCCGAUUCUCAUCGGCGACUUGGAAAAAGACACCAGCUACACAUUCUGUUUAAUGAAUAUUUCGCAGCAAACCGUGUCGCCGUUGGACUGUGUCUCUUACUACAAUCAUGGUGAAGAAGAACAGCUGGCUGCAGUUUGGUUAUAUGCAAAUGACAAGCUGUUAACUAUUUUUCUCAUUGUCAUUGUAUGCAUUGCAAACAUUUUUAUUGGUUUGGUAAUUGGUGCAACGUUCAUGAAAUACAAUGGAUACGAAUCAUUUAGUUUUCGAAUGGUCUUUCAGUGUUGGAACGGUCGGAAUGACUCUAAAAAAUGUACCGAUAGUACGGCAGAUGAUAGAGCACCGCCACUGCCACCGCAUCCACUGAGGGAUAUAAAGGGUGAAGAGGUCUAUUAUUAUUAGUUGCAUUAACGGUAAAACCAAUUGUAUAACCUAAGCUAAGAAUCUAGGUUAUAAAAUGUUGAAACACAAAACUUGAAAUAUAAAUGUAGUCAACAGUGAUUACGCAACGC